AUGUGCAGAUGUAGGAAUGUAAAAGUCAAAUUAAAGACGCGCCCGAAGAUGAAGCGGCGGUCGCUGCCAACCGUCCGCGAAGAUAACCAGAAAAGGAACACGUGUAACAGUGAUUUUGUGAUCUAUGUUAUGGUAAUAACGGCGGCGGUGCUGAGUUAUGUGAACAGUUUAAACGGUGAUUUCGUCCAUGAUGAUAUCCCUGCUAUAGUGACGAACGGUGAUGUGAUAGGAAUAAAUUCUUUUAAGGAACUUUUCUUGAACGAUUUUUGGGGGACGCCCAUGUCCGAUGCAAGCAGCCAUAAGUCUUAUCGACCGUUGACCACGCUUUCUUUUCGACUCAAUCACGUCCUAGCUGGGUUACAGCCGUGGUGGUGGCAUGCUUGUAAUGUGUCGCUUCACGCCGCGUGCUGCGCGCUGGUCACAAGAGCUUGUGUUGCAAUAGCUCGUCUGCAACGUCCAUUCGCUGCACUGGCGGCCCUAUUAUUUGCAGUGCAUCCUGUACACACUGAAGCGGUAGCUGGAGUGGUUGGGAGGGCAGAUGUUUUGGCGUGCAUAUUUUUUCUGUUAUCUCUCUUAGUCUACCAUAGACCUACAAGCGAUAAGAAGUGUGUGUGGUUGAGCGUUGUUCUUGGCGCACUUAGCAUGCUUGCAAAAGAGACUGGCGUUACAGUACUUCUUCUAAAUCUUGUCAUCGAUUUUUAUAGAUGUUGGCCGUUUGUACAAAGGUCUUUUUACUCAAUGAAAAUCGAUAAAAAAUGCACUGGUCUGUCAGUCCGAACGUUCAAAAUCUUAGCAGCCGUUGCGUUACUGAUAUACCUCAGGCUGGCAUUACUGCAAGGAACAUGGCCUUCAUUUUCUCCUCAAGACAACCCGGCUGCUUUCCAUCCUAGUUUUCUUGUAAGGUUAAUGACCUUCAGCUACCUGGCAGCAUUCAACUGGUGGUUGCUUCUCUGUCCUUGGACACUUAGUCACGACUGGCAAAUGGGAUCAGUUGCGCUUAUCACCAGUGGUUGGGAUCCUAGAAAUUUACUUACAUGCGCAGCUUUUGGCGCGCUAUUGUUUCUUUGCUAUCGCUGUGGUGCCGACAUCAUGAAUCAUCGACAUACGCCUGCCGUUAUUGGAGUGUUAUUACUUGUAAUUCCUUUUCUGCCAGCCAGCAAUUUACUUCUAACUGUCGGUUUUGUCAUAGCUGAACGUGUUCUUUACACACCGAGCAUCGGCAGCGUGAUAAUAACGGCUUAUGGCGUUCAAUUAUUGUGGUACUCUAAGCCUGGCACCAAAGCAUUGCUAGUAGUUGGUUUAGCGGUAUUAGUUGGAAGUGGAGUAGCACGGACACAUCGUAGAAAUGCUGAUUGGCAGGAUCGGGCAACACUGUUAAGGUCGGAUUUAGUGACUUUGCCGCAAAAUGCCAAACUGCACUACAACUUUGCGAAUUUUCUACGUGAGACGGAGCAGCAAGAAAACGCUAUCAAACAUUACAAAGAAGCUUUGAGGUUAUGGCCGACGUACUCAAGUGCUCACAAUAAUGUUGGCACCCUGCUUAGUGGAUUAGAAAACGCAGAAUAUCACUUUCUGCAGGCAAUCAAGUUUAACAAGCACCACGCUAAUGCGCAUUACAAUCUUGGAAAGUUGUACAAAAAAAAUGGGCAAACAAAUGAAGCCAUCAAAAUGCUGGAAAAAUGCUUACUUCUUCGCCCUCAGUUUGUUCAAGCUCAAUUAGAACUUGUCUCUCUGACACCCGAACCAGAAAAGCAGAAAGUUUUAUGGAGAUUAAUAGAAUUGGAGCCAGAUAAUUGGGAGUUUUAUGUUUUAUAUGGAAAUUGGCUGAAAGAAAAAGGGCUUGCUGGACCUGCAUCCAACUUGUAUCUUGAAGCAACAAGGCUUGCACUCAAAAAUCGAAAUAUUACAUCUUCAUUAAGGGGGGAUCUCAUUUCAUUUCGAUCUACUGCGUUGAUGUAUAGAAAACUGGGACAAAAAUCAAGGACUUUGCAACUUUUGACAAGAUGGCAAACGUGGCGUAGAGGAUGGCCCAACAUGGCCGCAGUUCACUUGUACUGGAGAGAUACGCGGCUCAAAAUGGAGCUAGAAGGUCGAGUUGAAACCUACAGCAAAGCAGUAAAUCCAAUCAAAUCUACAACAUGCUUUGAUCACUCUCACUUUAUUAUCGAUGUUGGAAAAUCAAGGAAUAAAGAAGACCGAAAACGAGUGGAGAAUACAUUUGAUAAUAAUGAUCUUAAACCAAAAACUGUGAAACAAGAAGUUAUAAGCAAAAGUGUAAAAACUAGUGACAAUAUGUUUAAUUUAAAGAAGGGUAAAAUAAUAAAGCGCAGCCUGUCCAUUUCAUCCCUAAUCAAAACUGCGCAAAACAAGUCCGAAAUUGAACUUAAAGGCAAAAAAUUCGUAAUGCACAGAAAAGAGAAAAAUGCCAAGGACGUUAUGCCAAAGCUCACAGCAGGGCCCCAUUCAAAGCUUAUCAAAACUUUUUAA